GGUGGAGUUCAGCUUACUCUUUCUUAGAUGUGAGAGGAAGAGAAGGUCAUUUCAUGCCUUGCUGAUAAAGGUUCAAACUUCUGCUGAAUCAUAACCAUUUGGCGCUGAGCUAUGACAAGAGAGGAAACAAAAAGUUAGAGGAGCAAGCCUGCCUUAAGUGAGAAGCAAACUUCCAUGAUAACAUGCUUUUGCGAAGUUCAGGAAAAUUAAAUGUGGGCACCAAGAAAGAGGAUGGGGAGAGCACAGCCCCCACCCCUCGUCCAAAGGUCUUGCGUUGUAAAUGCCACCACCAUUGUCCAGAAGACUCGGUCAACAAUAUCUGCAGCACAGACGGAUAUUGUUUCACAAUGAUAGAGGAAGACGACUCUGGGAUGCCUGUGGUCACUUCUGGGUGCCUAGGACUAGAAGGUUCAGAUUUUCAGUGUCGGGACACUCCUAUUCCUCAUCAAAGAAGAUCAAUUGAAUGCUGCACAGAAAGGAAUGAAUGUAAUAAAGACCUCCACCCUACUUUGCCUCCACUGAAAAACAGAGAUUUUGUUGAUGGAUCUAUACACCACAAGGCCUUACUUAUAUCUGUGACUGUCUGUAGUUUGCUAUUGGUCCUUAUCAUUUUAUUUUGUUACUUCAGGUAUAAAAGACAAGAAACCAGACCUCGGUACAGCAUUGGGCUGGAACAGGAUGGAACUUACAUUCCUCCUGGAGAAUCCCUGAGAGACUUAAUUGAGCAGUCUCAAAGCUCAGGAAGUGGAUCAGGCCUCCCUCUGCUGGUCCAAAGGACUAUAGCUAAGCAGAUUCAGAUGGUGAAACAGAUUGGAAAAGGUCGCUAUGGGGAAGUUUGGAUGGGAAAGUGGCGUGGCGAAAAGGUAGCUGUGAAAGUGUUCUUCACCACAGAGGAAGCCAGCUGGUUCAGAGAGACAGAAAUCUAUCAGACAGUGUUGAUGAGGCAUGAAAACAUUUUGGGGUUCAUUGCUGCAGAUAUCAAAGGGACUGGGUCCUGGACCCAGCUAUACCUCAUCACAGACUAUCAUGAAAACGGUUCCCUUUAUGAUUACCUAAAGUCCACCACCCUAGACACUAAAUCCAUGUUGAAGUUAGCCUACUCUUCUGUCAGUGGCUUAUGUCAUUUACACACAGAAAUCUUCAGUACUCAAGGCAAACCAGCGAUUGCACACCGAGAUCUGAAAAGUAAGAACAUCCUGGUGAAGAAAAAUGGAACUUGCUGCAUAGCUGACCUGGGCCUGGCUGUUAAAUUUAUUAGUGAUACAAAUGAAGUUGACAUACCACCCAACACUCGUGUUGGCACCAAGCGCUACAUGCCUCCAGAGGUGUUGGAUGAGAGCUUGAAUAGAAACCACUUUCAGUCUUACAUCAUGGCUGAUAUGUACAGUUUUGGACUCAUCCUUUGGGAGGUUGCUCGGAGAUGUGUUUCAGGAGGUAUAGUGGAAGAAUACCAGCUUCCCUAUCAUGACCUGGUGCCCACUGACCCCUCUUACGAGGACAUGAGAGAGAUUGUGUGCAUCAAGAAGUCACGACCCUCAUUCCCCAAUCGCUGGAGCAGUGAUGAGUGUCUAAGGCAGAUGGGGAAACUCAUGACAGAGUGCUGGGCUCACAAUCCUGCAUCAAGGCUGACAGCCCUGCGUGUUAAGAAGACACUUGCCAAAAUGUCAGAGUCUCAGGACAUUAAACUCUGAUAUGAGGGUAAAGGAAGCAUCUCCGCCGAAGGCCAAUAGAUACUCGUCUGCUGUGGGCAGAGCAAAAGGUGUUAAAGAAGCAUCUGCAGUCCAAGCCUCGAAUGUUGUCCUGCUUCUUGGUGGGUUCAGACCUUACCUCUCAGGGAGCAGCCUGGACAUAGACUAGAGAAGUUCCCAGAACCCCAGAUUCCUCUGUGUCUGUUUGUAGGAGGGAGAAACCGCUUGGGUAACUUAUUCAAGAUACGAUGCAU